GUGUACCUGAGCUACAGGUGAACGCUUUUAUCUGAUCAGAAAUGAGUCUGACUGACGAAUCAGUUCUGUGAAUCUGCUCGGAUUCUCAUUCUGGAUCUUAAAAACCCAAGUUUUAGCGGAGAGACAGAGGAUCUGCAGACCAGAUCACACACUUCAUUUCGAUUUCAGCUCACCGGACUUGUGACGUGUGGACAUUGUGUGUAACAGAUAAAAUGGUGGGAUUAACAGAACUCUUUGUUGGCCUGAUGAUGCCUGUGUUCCACCUGACGUUAGCACGUUUCAUCAAAACCAACAACAACAGGAACGUGUUUCUCCACGAGACCUCUGCAGACUCGUUCCUGUCUCGCUCGCUGCUCUACAACAGCUGGGACUUUGAGCUGGUCACUCCGGCGAACCUGGAGAGAGAGUGCAUGGAGGAGAUCUGCAAUUACGAGGAGGCCAGAGAGGUGUUCGAGGAUGACCAAAAGACGGCAGUUUUUUGGAAAAACUACGUCAGCAGUCACGAUAUUUCUCCACGUAUUGAUGUUGCUGGUCUGGCUGCUGGAGUUGUAGCCGUGGUGAUAGCGAUCAUUGUGCUGGUACUUGGCUGCUACUGCUACAAGAAAAAAAGAAAAACUAUAAGGCGAGGGGACAGUGUCCCAGUGCGAAUGGCAGCAGAUGGACAUCCAGCUCCAGAGACGGUUCCUCUAUCUAACAUCACUGCUCCGGGUCUGCCCAGUUACAACGAGGCCUUGAACCGCAGUGGGCAGUACGACGCACCUCCACCUCCGUACUCAGGAGCGGAACCCAACACACCCGCAGAACCUCAGCCUGAGGAGUGAGAGAGGGGAGGGAGAGAGAGAGAGAGAGAGAGAGAGAGAGAGAGAGAGAACUGAAUACUGGGUUGUGGAGCAGCAGGAAGCUUCUGGGUUCAUAUGGAUGGUGUGUUUUUAAAGAGAAGAGCAGCGAUGCAGCGACACACCAAAGUUUUAUAUUUUCCUUUCACUCUAUAGUGAUCCACCUGUCUGUGCUUUAUGAGUGUUCUUUUUUUAAAUAAAGAAAUGUUUUUUUUUUAAA